ACAUAUCAUUGCCUUCCUAGUUUACUACGGGCUGCUACUGACUUCAUCUAUGCACUGUGGAAGGGCCAGAGGGACAUGGCAAUGCAGGCACUCAGAAAAAGUCCUUUGUUCUGGGGCAGUCUUUGUGCACCAGUUUUGAGAGAUAUUCCAGUACAGCAGGAGGAGUCGUCCUGGUCAGAUGAGAUGAAGACGGUAGCAAAUGUGCUGAGGGUCAUUGCCAUGGAACUAUAUACUGUGCAUAACACAAAAAUAGAAAAGGAUCUCCAAAUCCAGCUGGAUGUUUUUUCAAAGAAUAAGAAACUCCUUCGCUGGUCUGAGUAUAUAAGAAGACUACUUAGAAAGCCCUGCAGGCACAGCCUAGAAGAUAUGUCAGAUGACCCCAUCAUACAGCUGCUGACUGCAUGGAACAUGGUGCUGGGGGUGGCAGGCAGUUACAAGAGAGAAGUUUUGGGUUUAACAGUUGAAGCAAAGUCUACCAUACUCAGUGAUCUACUGACAGAACUACAGGCACAGCUUGCAGAUGUUACAGACACCCACCAGGUGAAGGUGUGUUCAAUUUUGUCUGCCACUUCCAUGACUCUGCUCCACACUUGGGCUGGUAUCUUAAAGCCAUGGACAGAUAGAGUAUAUCAACUUGAGGUUGCUCUGAGGCUUUCUUGUGCCAGUAGUGAGGUCUUACUGCCAUCUAUACAGCUAGGUCUGCUUGGAGCCCUGACUCUGGCCACACAGCAAAUAAAAUUAACAGCAAAGCAAGAUGUGUUGAGCCUGAAGAGUCUGUGUCCUGUGGUGUGCACACUGCUACAGAAAGUGACCUACCAACUUCCACCUGCAAGGAAAGCAAAUGUUUGCAGUAAAGAUGUGGAGUUGCUCCUCAAGAUUCUGACAGUAUGUGUCACCUUGUUGGAUGAGCUUAUUCAGAGCAUUGAGGACCCGGCAAUAUGGCUGCCAUCUAUUCAAGAGCACACCGUGCUUCCAGUCUUACUUUCUUCUGUACAAACAUAUAUUCAGGCCAGACAGGGACUUCAGUAUAUCCAGGCAGUUCUUCUUCUGUUUCUGUCCUUGGCAAAAUAUCAGCAGUCUGCAGAAGCAUUGGCACUGAAUGGCCUGGCACAGCACACUUGCCUUGCUGUGUCAGAGCUGUAUAAGGAGAAUAAUGCUGAGAAACAGAAAACGGUGGCAUGCAGAAAUCAGGGUUCAGCUGUGACUUUGAGCAGUCUGUAUCUUCUGAGUGUAGAGCUCUACUCUGCAAUGUUGUCAACACUAAAAUACACCUUCUUGAAUGAUGCCUUGGACUUUUUAGGAGUUCAUCAACAGCAAAUGGAGUGGUGUUUAUCUAAUGUUGGUACAAGUCUUGAUCCAGAUGAUCAGAAGGCAGCUGAGGUGACCUGCGACUUUCUGUGUCAACUGUCCCCAUAUCACCAACAGUGGAGAAUGCAACUCCCACAGCUUUUAGGAACCAUGCUGAGCUCUAUCUGCUUUGUGUCCCAUUCCUGUAUAUCUUUACUGAUCAGACCACAGUUGUUGAAGUAUUUACUGGAGAAAAAGCAUGGUUCAGAGCCUCCCCAAAAAGUCCUGGCAAGUCAGAGCAUGGCUCAGCACCUUCCCUUACAACAUCAGACAUCUACAGAUGAAGUAGAACAGCCAUCAGAACAGUUGGUGCAGGUGCAGGAGAGCCAUUUGAAGUUGGUUGGUCUCAGCUUGACAUUUUUGCGUCACUUUACUCCAGAUCUUUGCGAGGCUAUGCUGGACCAGAGCUUGGAUGUGAAUGACAGCUCUCCAUUGCUAGACCUGGGAUUUAACACACCAUCCACAGAGAAAGAGGGACCUGUCAACUUCGGGACAUACCUUGCUUGUAUCAAUUCCUGUGUACGGAUGCUCAGCAGGAGUGAGAUGAGAGCUGCUUCCCCAAACCGUACUCCAUUUCCAGCAGUCUCAGUGUCAAGACACAUUUUAUUAUUUGUCCUGGAAAACACACUUUAUUUCUUGCUGUCUCAAACCAUGCGCUACCUGAGAGACCCAAAGCUCCAUCAACGUGAGAAGCAGUAUUUGAAAAGGGAGCUUGCAGCAGAACUGAAUUCUUUUCUGCAGGGACUUCAGCGUUACCUCCGCAGAGGGGCACCUCAGUCACCAGGAGGCAGCACUAUGGCUAGUCCACAGGUCGGCAAGACAAGCUCUUAUGCUGCAAUUGUUAUGACUCAAGAGUUCCCAUUUUACAAACUGGUUUCAGAUUUUAUAAAGCAUAUAUUAAGAUAGAAAUCUCUUCAGACUUCUGAAGGUGAUAAUGAAGUCACUUUAAUUUGAUGAGACAGUAAUGAACUGGGAUGAAGGCGAUUCAUGUAAAUCACAAGAUGUUUAUUUACCAGAAGUGAAAUAUUGUACCUUAUGAACAUGAUAUCAUCAGCCAGAUAUGUAGCUCAGCUGGAAAUUACUUUUAGAAUAUGUUAAAAUGUUUCCAAUUGUCACAAUUAAGAAAGUCAUUCAUUAUAUCAAAGACAUUUGGUUGUAGA